AUGGAGCAAAAUAUCUUCAAAAAUCUACCAUCAGAUCUCACCACCAACAUCCUCUCACGCCUCCCUCUCCGAACUAUUUCAAUCAGCAAAUGCGUCUGCAAACCAUGGCUCAAUCUCCUUCAAUCCCACGAUUUCGCCAAAUCCAAACUCAAAACCCCACCCGCCCUAGCUCAAUUGACGCCCUUGACGAGCUCAACUCAGUGCACCGUUUUCCAAUUCCAAGACGAAGACGAAGCCGAUGUCGAGAGCCACGCUCUUCGUUUCCGCCCAAUCGCAGAUUUCGAAAUCCACCUCGGAAACAAAAUCAAAAGAUGUCGAGCUCAGGAGACUAAUGGAUUGCUCCUUAUACAUACAUCGUCAGUGCGUCGUGUUUCUGUAUCCAAUCCGAUCACUCGUGAAUAUAUUAACCUCUUUAUCCCUGCCGAAUAUGUGUCAGCAGCUUAUUCGCUGAGUUUCGGAUUUGGCGUGAGCAAAAUAAGUGAGCAAUAUAAGAUUGUUUGUAUCAAUGCGGAUAAUGGAUCCGACUCUCAUUGCGUGUACACCCUCGGAACGGGAACAUGGAGGCGCGUUGAAGCCGGCGCCGCCUCCGGUUUCAAAUUCUGUUUCCAUGCUUACAUCGAGUGUAAUGGCAACCUCCAUUGGACGUUGGAAGAUUCUGCUGAAAUCUUGUCGAUCUGUGCAUUUGAUCUCGAUACAGAAUGUUUCAGCAUCUUCUCUGCGCCUGUGAUAGAAGGACUUACUGAAGAUCGACAUGCUAUCGAUUUCAGGUUUAAUGUUUUGAGGGGCUGUCUGUGUUUGUCUUACACGUUGGACGAUAAGGUUGUCAUCUGGAUGAUGAAGGAGUACCGUGUCAAGGAAUCUUGGACCAUGGUGUACCAUAUUGGUAUUGAUAUUGAUUGUGGUAUUGAUGACUGUCAUUGGAAGCUUAUGAAUGUUUAUCCAAUCAAGCUUUUCGAAAACGGUGAUGUGUUGAUGUUUCUGGAAGAGAAGUGCAUCAUCUACUACUCCAACAAGACAGGAACUCUUCAACAUGUCUGUAGGCUUACGGAAGGAACUUCAGAGGAUGACGAGGCUUCUGCCAUGAUUUUCACUCCUACCCCUUUCUCACUCAAGAGUUUUGGAGUUGAGAAUGUGAUCUCUUUCUAG